CAGAAUAUACUCGUGUAGCUCAGCAGAGCUCCGUAUUUUAUUCACCUUUCCCCUCAAAUGGAGUAACAAAACAACAUAUAAAACAUGGUGGCAGCCGUACUCCGUCUCCAAGCAUAGAUAAAGAGGGGAAAGAGGUAAUAACAACCUGGAGAUACCGAAAUAUGGACUUUAAAAUACGAGAUGUAAGCGACCAACCAGCAAAGAAAAGUGCCACGUCGCACCUAAACCACGAAUGAUUCGCUCUCAGUGAAGGUAUCAAGCCAAAUAAGACUGAAGUAUAUAAGAGACAUGCGAAAGUAAGUCACAGUUCGCUUCAUAGUUCCUGUGUACCCAACACAGCUAAACUUUGGUGCACUGUAAUUGUCAUAAUACUCGCAUUGCCACGUCAACAGUCAUCAAAAUGGCCGGCGCCGAACUCUUACCAAGUAUGAAUUGGAAAGCUAGCGAUUCAUAUGACGCACUAAUGAUUUUCCAAAAACGUUGUAUAAGAUACUUCAAGGUCCAAAAGAUACCAAGAGAGGAGCAGGCAAACCACAUCAUUCUGUAUGCAGGCAAUUCUGGAGAAGAAAUGAUAGAGGCAAGCAAUCUGACUGAAGAAGAUAUGAAUGACCCUGGCAAAGUUUGGGAUGUUUUUCAGACCCAGGUAAAACCAAAGACUAACAAAUAUGUUGACAGACUUCGCCUACGAAAAUACUUCCAGAAAGAAAUUGAAUCUAGUGAUGAGUUCUUGAAUAGAUGUGAAACCCAAGCAAAGAGAUGCAAAUUUACUGAGGCAGAACAUGAAGCAAGAAUCAUUGAGCAAUUCAUGGAAGGAGUACACAGUAAUGAUUUGCAGAAAAGCCUUAUCAUGGAAGGUGAAGACAUAAGGCUGAGCAAAGCCAUUGACAUUGCCAGAUCUCAUGAAGCAACCAUAAGAGAUAACAAAGACAUGAGAGUCAAAACAGUCAACUAUGACCUAAAUGUCGAUGCUGUGGGAUACCCUAAGUUUGCAAGGGCAGCAAAACCAUGCAACAAAUGUGGGCGAGUACACAAAAAAUACCCCCCACAAUCCUGCCCAGCAUAUGGUGCGAGGUGCAAUGCAUGUGGCAAAAUGAACCACUGGCAAAAAAUGUGUCUGUCAGUACCAGAAAAUAAGAAUAAAACAAACAAGAGUAAGGGCACAAGUCAAAGUCAUUAUGCGGGAAAUAAAGUCCAUAGAAACUUCAACAGUGACAAACCCAGGAAAGCUAACAGAACAUCUGCCGUGCAUGAGUUCAGCCAAGAUGACCCCAAUGAGGAUUAUUUCACAGUAAGUUCUGUUAGAGUAGCAGAGGUGUCAAACAGUAAUGAUAGUGAAGCUCUACGAUCUAUCAAAGUCAGAACCCCCUACAACAAGACUGGCUCGAUGACAAUCAAGGUCGAUACAGGGGCUGGAGUAAAUCUGCUCCCGAAAAGAGCAUUUCGAAUUAUGUUUCCAGAUUUAUUAGAUGCUCAUGGGAAGCCGAAAACCUAUCUGACCAACAACCGUCAGAAGAAUUUGAUUGCAGUGAACAAUAUGAAACUCAAGCAUUUUGGGUCGAUCAAAGUAAAGUGCACCUUCGACGAGAAAAACUGGAUCGAUACAGAUUUUUACAUUCUGGACCAAGAAGUUGGACCAAUUAUUUUGGGUCUGCCAAGCCUGAAAGCACUAGGCAUGGUGACAAUUCAUGAGGCACGGAUGCAUCCUCAACUAACCAAGGCCGUCCAGUCGGUAGAUGAUUUAAAGAAAUCAUACCCGGAUCAGUUUGAUAAAAUUGGAAGUUUUCAUGGAAAAUACCACAUAGUGCUGAAAGAGGGUUCAAGACCAGUUGUCCAUGCACAGCGAAAAUUUCCUAUACAUAAAAAGGAAGAACUUCAAAACCAGCUCGAAGACAUGGAAAAAAUUGGAGUUAUCAAAAAGGUGUCGGAACCUACAGAUUGGGUCAACAGCAUGGUUUGCACCAUGAAGAAGGAUGGCAGCCAGCACGUAUGCUUAGAUCCAAAGGAUUUGAACAAAGCCAUAAAAAGAAGCCAUCACAAGACACCUGCACAAGAGGAAAUCACGCACAAGUUUACAGACUCAAAAUAUUUCAGCAAACUUAAUGCAAAGAAUGGCUAUUGGUCAGUCACGCUUGACGAGACUAGUUCGUUCCUCACUACAUUUAACACUCCUUUUGGCCGCUACAGAUAUUUCAGAAUGCCUUUUGGCCUGGUUAUGUCACAAAAUGUUUUCCAGCAAAAAAUGGAUCAGAUCCUCGAAAACUGUCCUGGUACCAUUGGCAUCGCUGAUGAUGUAGUUGUGUUUGGAAAAACUGAAGAGGAACAUGACAUAAACCUGCAUAACCUCUUCAAGAUUGCCAAGCAGCAAGGAUUAACUUUCAACGGUGCAAAGUGUGUGAUCAAGCAGGAACAAGUGAAAUUCUUUGGAACUGUCUACGACAAGGAAGGCUCUCACCCAGAUCCAGACAAGGUAUCUGCAAUUAAAGCACUGCUGAGCCCAACAAAUGUUACAGAGUUGCAACAAUUUUUGGGAAUGGUCACCUAUAUGUCGCCAUUUAUCCCAAACCUAGCUGAUGAAACUGCACCACUUAGAAGUCUCCUAAAAAAAGGUAUUGACUUUACAUGGUCACCAACCCACGAGAAGGCAUUCGAACGUAUUAAGAAUAUUCUGUGCACAGAUGCAACACUGCCACAUUUCAAUCCAAAUAAACCAACAGUCAUACAAGUAGAUGCAUCACAAAAAGGUAUUGGUGCUGCAUUAGUGCAAGAUGACACGCCUAUUGCCUAG